UCAAUAUCAUAAUCUUCAUGAUUUAGUGGGAACAUGAAGAGAAUUUUCAUAUUCAGACUACCAUUUUGAAGAAACGCACAAAUAGGCGGAGCCCAGAAGGGGCCAAGGAAUCCGUGGCCAACCUUAAAUAAAUUUCUGGCUCCCCUCUGUACACGCACCAUAUUUAAGAGCUGUAGCCAGUGUGUGUGUGUGAGAGAGAGAGAGAGAUGGGGAACAAUAUAGGAGGAAGGAAGAAAGCCAAGGUGAUGAAAAUCAACGGCGAAAUCUUCAAGCUAAAGGCUCCAAUAUCAACCUGGGAUGUAGUUAAGGACUUCCCGGGUCACGUAUUAUUGGAAUCAAAUUCAGUUAAGCAGUACGGCAUUAGAGCAAAGCCAUUAGAGCCACAAGAAGAGUUGAAGCCCAAGAAAGUUUAUUUUCUAGUGCAACUGCCUAAGAUGCCUGAGGAGAAGGUCCCAAGAAGGGCGCGAUCAGGUGUGCACAUGAGCGCGAAGGACCGGCUUGAGUGCCUGAUGUUGUCCCGGAGAUCAGUUUCCGAGCUUUCGACUAUCAGACCGACGACUCUCGUGUCCGGUUUACCUGGACCGAGUUCCGGUUCUGUUCAGGUUAAGAUGAGGCUACCAAGGGCCCAAAUGUCUAGAUUGGUUGAAGAAAGCAGAGAUGAAGCAGAGGUGGCUGAGAAGCUCAUAGACCUUUAUGUCAAGAACGCCGAUGAAGCCGAUAGCAUAGCACCGGAUGGAGAAAGCAAUUUGGGGCACAGGCAAGUUCAGAAGAGGCCUGGUCUUGAUAGCAUUAGAGAAGGCUGCAAAGACCCUGAGGUUUCUUUGAUUUGAAUUGCACUAGUUAUUCAGAAUUGGGGUCUGAGAAUUGUUAAAGAUUGGACAAAUGGGUACCAAAUAUUGUGCCAAGAACUGUUAUAUUGAUUUCAAGUAUUGCCUUUAGGCUCUAA